CAUCAUCAGCUAAUUUUCACGUCUUCACUUUCUGGGUUGCCUUCGUCCUUGUUCUCACAGCUUCUUUAACAAAUGAAACUCAAGCCACCACAGAUCCCUCUGAAGUGAGAGCCUUGAAUUCAAUAUUUGACCAAUGGAACAUAAAGGCUGACACUCAACAAUGGAAUACAACUGGGGAUCCGUGCAGUGGAGCCGCCAUAGACACCGCCAUCGGCUUUGAUACAUACAAUCCCUUUAUCAAAUGCGAUUGUUCUUCCAACAAUAAUUCUCUUUGCCACAUCACCCAAUUGAAAGUAUUUUCAAUGGAUGUUGCUGGGCCAAUCCCAGAAGAGCUAUGGAAUCUGACCUUCCUCUUCAGUCUCAUUUUGGGCCAAAAUUACUUGACAGGUUCUGUUUCUCCAUCCAUUGGCAAUCUCACCCGCAUGCAACACUUGAGAUUUGACCUAAAUGCCUUAUUAGGGGAGGUGCCAAAGGAACUAGGACAACUUACUGAUCUAAUAACUUUGUCUUUUAGUUCAAACAACUUCUCUGGUCCUCUUCCGUCUGAGCUGGGGAGCUUGUCAAAACUAGAAAAACUUUACAUUGAUAGCUCUGGAGUUAGUGGAGAGAUUCCUUCAACAUUUGCAAAUCUUCAAAGCCUCAGGAUACUGAGGUUUCAAGGAAACUCUUUUGAAGGGCCCAUUCCAUCAACAUUUGCAAAUCUAACUUCUCUAUCAGACUUGCGAUUGAGCGAAGUGUCGAAUGUGAAUUCUUCUCUCGCAUUUAUCAAGGACUUAAAGUCUCUAAGCACCUUGGUGCUGAGGAAUAACAACUUCACUGGUUCGAUUCCGUCAGAUAUCGGGGAGUACCAAAAGUUGUUACGGCUGGACUUGAGCUUCAACAAAUUAAACGGACGGAUUUCGGACUCUCUUUUCAACUUGAGUUCACUCUCUGAUCUGUUUCUAGGAAACAAUAGUUUGAAUGGUUCACUGCCCCAAGAAAAAAGCAAAUCUCUUCUCACUAUAGAUGUUUCAUACAAUAAUCUAGUGGGCAGCAUUCCUUCGUGGGUCAAUGGAACAAACUUAAAGAUUAACCUGGUUGGCAACAACUUUACAAUACAAAGUUCAGAGAACAGAGAUCUUCUUUCAGGAUUGAACUGCCUCCAAAAGGAUUUCUCUUGCAAUAAAGGCAAUCCCAUAUAUUACAACUUUGGAGUUAACUCUGGUGGUACUCAAAUCACAUCAUCUGAUAGUAGCAUUGUGUAUGAAACGGAUAGUGAGACUCUUGGUCCAGCUAACCACUUUGUGACCAGCACCAACAGAUGGGCAGUUAGCAAUGUCGGACUUUUUGCGGAAAACAACAAUGCUAUUUAUACAAGUUCUUCUUCGGCUCAAUUCACAAAUACUUUAAACUCGGAACUUUUCCAGACAUUAAGGCUUUCUGCCUCGUCGUUGAGGUACUAUGGCCUGGGACUCGAGAACGGUAACUACACCGUGCAACUCGAGUUCACAGAAAUAGCUAUUGAGAACACUCGGAGUUGGAAGAGUCGCGGAAGGCGUGUAUUUGAUAUCUACAUCCAGGGGAAUCGUGUUUUGAAAGAUUUUGAUAUCCGAAAGGAGGCUGGUGAGAUAUCCGAAAGGGCUGUCCAGAAGGAGUAUAAGGCUCUAGUGUCAAAUAACUACCUUGAAGUGCAUCUCUUUUGGGCCGGGAAAGGAACUUGUUGCAUACCUCAACAAGGUACCUAUGGACCUUCCAUUGCAGCCAUCAGUGCUACCCCUGAUUUCACACCAACUGUGAGUAACAAGCCUCCAAGCAAUGAGUUCACACCAACUGUGAAUCAGAAUAGGACAGGUCUGAUUGUGGGAAUUGCUGUUGGUGCUGGGGUUUUAGUCCUGUCUGUUGUGAUCUUCUUUAUUAUCCAUAGAAGAAGAAAAGCUAAAAUGAGUAAUGAUGAAGAGCUCUUGAAUAUGGAUGUGAGACCAUUCACCUUCAGUUACGCCGAACUAAGGUCGGCGACAAAUGAUUUUGAUCCGACUAAUAAGUUGGGAGAAGGAGGAUUUGGACCUGUCUACAAGGGAACACUUGCAGAUGGAAGAGUUAUUGCUGUGAAGCAGCUGUCUUUGACUUCCCACCAAGGGGAAAAGCAAUUUGUGACUGAAAUCGCCACAAUAUCCGCUGUUCAACAUCGAAACCUGGUGAAACUCCAUGGAUGUUGCAUUGAUGGAGACAAACGACUUCUUGUUUAUGAGUACUUGGAAAAGAAGAGUCUAGAUCAAGCAUUAUUUGUUGGAAACCAUAGGUUGAACCUGAAUUGGUCAAGUCGGUUCGACAUUUGCUUGGGUAUAGCAAGAGGUCUUGCUUAUCUUCAUGAGGAGUCGAGGCUUAGAAUCGUACACAGAGAUGUAAAGUCUAGCAAUAUUCUGCUUGAUUCUAAUCUUGUCCCCAAAAUAUCGGAUUUCGGUUUGGCCAAACUUUAUGAUGACAAAAUGACGCACAUUAGUACUCGCGUUGCCGGGACAAUUGGGUAUCUUGCGCCAGAAUACGCCAUGCGUGGGCACCUAACGGAGAAAACUGAUGUCUUUGCCUUCGGCGUUGUGGCUUUAGAACUUAUCAGUGGCAGGUCAAAUUCUGACACUAGCUUAGAAGAAGAAAAGGUCUAUCUCCUUGAAUUGGCUUGGAAUCUUCAAGAACAAGAGCGCGAAAUUGACUUGGUGGAUUCAGAACUAUCGGAAUUCGAUGAGGUAGAAGUGAGAAGGGUCAUAAGAGUCGCCUUUUUAUGCACGCAAACAUCGCCAACAAUCAGGCCAUCCAUGUCAAGAGUGGUGGCAAUGCUUUCAGGAGACAUUGAAGUGAGCACCGAAAUUUCGAGGCCUGGUUACUUGGCAGACUGGAAAUUUGACGACGUGAGCAGCCUAAUGAGUGGCAUUGCAACUAAAGGAAUAGAUUCGAGCUUUUACGACUCAUCCGUGAGCGCAAGCAUGGUGACAGAUGCAGUGACUAUGACAUCACCUAAAAAUGGUGCAUCUCGACCUAUAUGCUUCACAGCUCCAUUGGUGAGGGAAGAUGAAAAUUGAUAAUUUGAGUUUGGAUUUGAAUAUAUUUUUGGUGAUUGCAAUUGUGAAAGUCUUGUAAAUUUCACACACUAGUCCUUUGUUCCUGAUGAGUACUAUACGUAAUUGACACUAGAGAAAAUACAUCCGUGGCUUUGCAUAGUUAAUGUACUAGUAAUAAUA